AUGAUUUCACCGACAACCAUAUCAUUACCAGCCAGUCCAUUUCCACUUUUAGGAAUACUCGCUUCCCUACUAGCCUGGCUUUUUGUCAAGACUUUCGCGGUGAAAACCUCCAAGAUCGAUCUACAACAUCAGAAAUUAGAAGAGAAGGAAGCAUUUGUCACGCCACUUCCAACAGCAAAUCUCGAUGAUCCAAUUUCUACCUCGCCAAAGCUGUACAGGCCAUUUCGACAUGGCCCGAAUUUCAUCACGAUGGGGAUCAGGAAGUUGGGCUGGGAUAACUGGAUCGAAAUGGACUCAUACUUUCUUCGAUAUCACGAUAUGAAGGCCGCGGAGCUGAAGAAGGAGUUCAACGAACAUGUCAAAUACGUCGACAACGAGGCGACACGAGAUGCUUGUUUUGAAUUGAACGAAGAGUUGGUGCGGUAUUUGACACAUCGCUACCCAAAAGUGUAUCGACUGGAGGGGGGAAAAGUGCACAAUAGCCUGACUAGCGAGAGUUUUGCGUUUCCCGCGGCAACCCCCGAUGAAGCUUUGGCCACCUCGGCUUUGCUUGUGCAAGAUGACUUAGUGAUCAUGAUGAAAAAUGAUGAUGGACAGUAUCACCUCGACGCUGCAGCAGUUUGCCUUCCUGGAUUCUGGCGGUUGAAAGAAAAGUUCCGCAUGUCGCUUGAUACACUUCACUUUGAGGCCGGCGUCCCUCACUACGAAGCGAAAUUGCAAAAGGCCAUGAACAAAUUUUUCCACAAGUUGACUCCAGACAAACCAGUGGAAAGAAAUAAUUUUUUCAUUCAGCUUGACGAUGGAUUGCAUUGGUCUCAUCGCAUGGGAGACCAGCAGGGCACCAAAGUCGCUUCAUGGGCUACAGCCAACAGCAGAGGGCUUGCCGUGGAUGAAAUCCACUUUCGCAGUGAGCGACAAACAUUACGUCGGCUACCUCGUUCAAACGCCAUUGUUUUUACGAUUCGCACAUAUUUUGAGCCGGUGACUAAAAUUGCCCAAGAACCACAUGUCCCUGGCCGUUUGGCGGAGGCAAUUCGAAGCUGGGACGACACUGUCUCCUUUUAUAAGGGAAAAUCACAUUGGGACAAGAUUUUACUGCCAUAUCUCGACGAACAAGACAACCUGCAGAAGGAACGGGGGAAAAUCAAAAGCGUAGAGGCCAACUUUCCGUAUUGA